UAUUUCUGAGUGAAGCGUAUAUAAGGCAGGGAUAGCUGCCUGGGGGCUUCACUGCAGUCGGCAGAUUCAUCUGAGCGAAUCCACUCUAGUCUUAGAGAUAACCCUGAGUUAAAAAUGGCAUUCGCUGGACUUCUGAGUGAUGCUGACAUUAGUGCAGCCAUUGCAGCUUGCCAAGCCGCUGACUCCUUCAAGCACAAGGAUUUCUUUGCCAAGGUCGGCCUGGCUGCCAAGUCUGCUGAUGACAUCAAGAAGGCCUUCGCCGUCAUUGACCAGGACAAGAGUGGCUUCAUUGAGGAGGAUGAGCUGAAGCUGUUCCUGCAGAACUUCUCUGCCGGUGCCAGAGCUCUGACCGAUGCCGAGACAAAGACCUUCCUGAAGGCUGGUGACUCUGAUGGUGACGGCAAGAUCGGAGUUGAUGAGUUCGCUGCCAUGGUCAAGGGUUAAAUGGAGUGACCAACAUCUGACUUCACAACUCUAAAGGAACAACUUGAGCCAAAGACAUCCUCUUCAUCUCUUCUUCUCCUUUUCCCAUUCACUCUAUCCCUUGUAGACUCUGCAACACUUUUAUACAUUUGACUUUUGACCCCUGACCAGACGAACAACUCUUUCUCAGGCCGUGCUCACUCUAGUGCUACCCACGAUGAAUGUACCUGACUAUGUAUGACGUGGCUGACUUGUGUCUUUCUCUCUCUCUCUCUCUCUCUCUCACUUCUGUUGUCAUUUUACUGUGUGAGAUUUGCAUGCUGUGAGAUCACCAAUGAUGCACUUUUAUGGAAAAUGGACGGACGAUGAGACAACAGUAAAGGUUCUUUUUCAAUAACAA